AUGAGUAAGCGACUUAAGAACUUUCAAAUCAAUACUAUUGAUUUACACGAUAAACAGGAUGCAUGGUUCUUUAAGGAGUUCAUCAAUAUCAGGAAACCUGUGAAAAUCAUCAAUUCCAGUGAAUUGAUUCUUAAUAUAGAGGAUUUCAAAAUCGAUAAUUUGUGUGAGUUUUUAAAAUGGGGUGAUGAAUUGAUGGUUGAAACUAAAACAGGUGGGGGGUUUGGUAAUGGUAACAAGAGAGUUAAAUUGACUCUAGAUGAUUUAGUAUCGAAAUUGAAAAAUGGCGAAGAUCAAUAUUAUUUGACUACUCAAUACGAAGAACAUGCAGAACCUAGUGACGACGAAUCGGAACGGGAAGAUGAUAGUGAAGCCGACGAAGACGACGAAUACGACUUGGAUAAGCAAUUUUCAGAGGAUUUGACUCCCCAGACUGAACAACCAGUGGAAUCGAAAGAAGGUGAUGAGCCAGAUUCAGAUUCAGACUCAGACUUCGACUUUGAAAAUUUAAAAGACGAUUACCAAGAUGAUGAUGAUGAAGAACCGGAAGAAGAGGGAGAUAGAGAUGAUGAUGAUGAUGAUGAUGAACCACGUCACGUGAAAGAGUUAUUCCAACCUCCUUUGACUAACAUUUAUGAUAAAAUCCCCAUUCAACCUCCAUUUUUCAAGAAUCUUAUCCCCCAACAAAUUAAUUUAUGGAUGGGGUUGACCAAACCUAAAAAGUUCGAUAACACAAAAGACUUUCCUAUCGAUAAAACCAUACCCAAAGGAACAUCUUCGGGACUUCAUCACGAUCAUUCUGAUAAUCUAUACAUCGUUGUGUCAGGAUGUAAAAGGUUCACAUUAUUUAGUCCUUUUGAUGCCUACAAAUUAUAUACUGUUGGAAAAAUUUUCAAGAUUUAUGGUAAUGGAGUAAUAGAUUAUGAGAUUAAUGAGUUUGCACCAGAUUGGAAUCAUAUAAAUGAUGAUGGUUCACUUCAAGAAGAACAAGAAACCAAAGAAAUCAAAAAAAUCAUUGAAGAUUUAGAUCCUCCAAAUUUCAGUAAAAUCCCGCCAAUUUUACUUCAUUUAAAUGAAUUGUCAGAAACACAGAUGGAUAAACUAGUAGCUUUUUCCAAGAAGAAUUUCCCCGAUUUAAUAUCUUUGGAAAAUUAUAAGAUUUGGCUCAAAUCUGGAGAUAUGUUAUACCUUCCCGCAGGUUGGUUCCAUGAAGUGCUGAGUUUUGGGAAAGAAAAUGAAGAUAGGGAAUUAGAAAAUAAAGAUAAUAUUCAUAUAGCAUUGAAUUAUUGGUUUGCACCACCCAAUAAUGAUGAGUUUGAUAAACCUUAUAAAACGUCAUUUUGGGCCAAAGAAUUUGAGAACAUGUUGCGAUAA